AUGGCCUCCUGGGGCAGCCUCGAGAAGCUCCAGGCCCUCUGGUCCGAGCUGGAUGUCAACGGCAACAACAUGGUCUCCCUGGCGGAGCUCGACAAGCUCAUCGUCGACGACAUCGAGAAGAAGGGCGGCGCGCGCUUCGCGGGCAUGGACAACAAGCCCGCGCUGCUGCGGACCUACUACGCGACGUGCAGCGGCGGCUACGAGGACGACUACAUCGAGAAGCACGAAUUCCGCGCGAUGCUCCGGAACCUCUUCUUCUUCACGAAGCUCUGGGCGAUCUUCCAGGAGGUCGACUCGUCGGAAAAGUACAAGGACCGGCGCAUCACGCUGCCCGAGUUCCAGCGGUUCUGCGCGAGCAACGACCUCGGCGUGACGGCGACCGCGGACCAGGCCGCGGACAUGUUCCGCGACGCGGACGUCAACGACGGCGGCAUGCUCCUCUUCGACGAGUUCUGCAAGUUCGUCGCCGACCAGCUCGUGCCCAUGUCGAAGCACGACGCGGAGUACGCGGCCAUGGAGCAGCCGACGACGGAGCUCGGCGGCGACGAGGCCUGCGAGUCCUGCCUCGUCGUCCCCGUGAACAAGAAGCGCAAAGGCAAGCACGGCUCGAAGAACAAGCGCCGCGACAAGCGCUUCGGCGCGUCCAAGUCGAAGUUGAAGCGCGAGGCGAAGCGCUUCGCCAAGUGCACGGCGGACUUCGCGGAGAUGCAGCUGAACAAGAAGAGCCUCGCGCGGGCCUGGGCGGCGCUCGACUACAACGGCAACGGCAUGGUCAGCCUCGCGGAGAUCGACAAGUGGGUCCUCGAGCACUGGCCCGUGCUGAACAGCAAGCCGGCCCUGCUCAACGCGUACCAGGACGCGUGCGCCGGCGGGUCCGACGCCUUCGUGCAGAGGGACGAGUUCCGGGGGCUCCUCGGCCACCUCGUCGCCUACGCGCGCGUCUGGGACCUCUUCUACGAGUUCGACUCGUCCGGCGACCGCCGCCUGGACCUCGCGGAGUUCGCGCGCGGCUGCGCGUCGCUCGGCAUCGAACUGUCGGCGAAGGAGCUCAUCAAGGAGUUCGACCGCAUCGACGAGAACGACGGCGGGCUCAUCCUCUUCAAGGAGUUCGCGCGCUUCGCCAAGACCAAGACGCUCUCCAGCGGCGUGCCCGCGGAGCUCGCGGCCGUCGCGUCCGCGACGGAGCUCGAGGCCAUGGGCUGGUCGCGGCUCUCCGCGUACUGCGCGAACCUCGGCCUCGACGACCGCGGCAAGACGGCGGACCUCGCCAACCGCCUCUUCAACGCCCUCUUCCCCAAGGACCCCUAG